UCUCUCUCUCUCUCUCUCUCUCUCUCUCUCAAUAUUUUUGUUCAUUUAGAUGUUUUCACAAAUGCACCGAAAUAUUGUUAUAUACAACAUAAAAACGAACGAAAUCUAUGAAAUUUACACGAAUUCACGACCGAUAUAUUAUUAUCGUUACAAUAGCAGUGUGACACUUCGCUCGAUCCACCCUGCAAAUUUUGGGGGGAGAUUUCUCACAUAUUUUAAAGAAUCCGAUUUUACUUUCGUUUUCAAUGACCCAUCACAUUGAAUGAGUGGUGUAACACGGUCAUCCAAACUCGCUUUUAUUAAAACCAGGCCAAUGAGUGAAUGAAAUUUGCACGGUCGAAGUGACACGCAGUGAUCAGAGCGAUAGUACAUGUAAUAAUCCAAAAUCGUUUAUUUUGAAACAUUUAUUGUUUUUACAGCAACGCUUUUGUGACAAAUCGAAUGACCAUAUUUUAAUUUCAUAAACUGAAAUAAAUCCCCAGAUUUAACAGUUUUGGUAUUUGAUCUACGGUGCGCAGGUAUUUAGAAAUUACAAAUAUGUGAACAAAUGAAGAUAACGAACAGUGAUCAUUGUCCUAUAAAUCCCUUAAAUAAUACAAAAUGAGAAGGAAGGCAAACAUUUGAUGUAUAUACACUUCACAUAUAUCUACUGCACAGGUAGUCAUACAUACCUGCUAUGUAAUGCAUUACGUGUCUUAUCAAUAUUUACACCCUAUAUGAUUUUUAAAAGAACGGGAAUAUGUACACCGUAGUUGGCCGGGUAUAUCGAUUAACUGUUAAGUCGAUUAAAUACCAUGUAUUUUGAUUUUUGUAGAAUCAUUUAUCUACAACGGAAUAACCAGAUUUUGCUUUCGUUUUCAGUAUUCCUUCAAAUUGGAAUAUCGCUCUAUCAAAACGUAAAACGGGGUGUACAGAAGUAAUAUCUAAGAACGUACCAACUUUUACUUAACCUUAGGACAUGAAGAGUAUAUUGAAGAGGAUAUUUUUACUUCUUUCACUUCUAGGUAUUUGGACUCCUCUUAUAAAUACUGAUGAAUUUGAAAAAGGCUGGUGUCAUGAACAGCAAAGGGAAUUAGAAAUUGAGACCAGAUGUGAAAUAAAGGAACUUUAUAUCAGCAUCACUUCCGACCCUACACAAUCAGGCAGCGACUAUCUCAUCCAAUGUGUUCAAACUAAAUGUGGUAACGGUACCUAUGACAAAGCGACCCAAAUUCUGACAUUUACUAUGACAUUUAAUCAUACAAUACACUCUGGGAAGUAUCUGUUGGUAAAAAUAAUAUGCUCCAAUGGAACAGAGAAGAAUGAACCCUAUCUACUCAAACCGUGUGGAUUUACAGCGCACGCCGUCCACAAUGAUACUCACAUCAAGGUGUCCUGUGAACACGACUCCUUUAACUACUCCAGCACGGGAAUGACUAUAAAGGAGAAGAAUAACAAGGGGGAGGACAACAUUUAUGCUACAUGCCUGAUGCUCAGAACUAUACUCACCGUCCGGUGCACACAUGGCGCUACAGCUCUGUCAAGCGGUGUGGAAUACACAUUGCCGUACACAUCAGGUAUGGUUCUUAUGUGCGAAUUAGACAGACAAGUGAUUAACGUUACAGUGGAACAACAAACGUCAACAGGUGCGUCAACGUCAACAGGAAGCACUGAGAUAACGGGCAUGUCAACUUCACCGACAAUAGGCAGGACUGGAGAAGCAGCGGAUACGAGCUGUGGCAAUACAAAUCAAAUUUGCGUUCUUAUCCACAUCGUCAGCAUUACCCUUUAUGACAUCGUCAAGAUUUGAUACGACGAUGAUGCUAACAUCAUCAUAUGGAUCACUGUCACACCCACAGACAUAGAGCCAUGAAUGACCGAUGGGCUCCAGAAUGCCGCCGUGACGUCAUGGCGAGGAUACAUUUGAAGAGACCACUGAUGGAAAUGACAGAGCGAAGAAGUAUAUCUUAAUUCCGGUGCACCGACCUCUGAUUGGGUUCUUCGCUGAAUUCAUAUCAUACUAUCAACGUUGUAAUACGUAAACAGUUUCAUUUUGAAUUUAUAUCAAAUUCUGCAAUAUUUUAAGGUAUCGUAAUUUGCAGUAGUUAAUGUCUCUGAAUAUUGUAGUGUAUUGAGAGUUUCGUAACUUGCAGUAGUUAAUUUUUCUAACUAUUGUAGUGUUUCGAUAGUUUCGUAAUUUGCAGUAGUUAAUUUCUCUAAAUAUUGUAGUGGAUUGAUAGUUUCGAGUUCUAUACAACACGUGGGAUUUCCGAAUCAAACUGAAAUUAAAGAGGUACUCUACAUUGUGAUAAUGACUGACUUUCUUUUAAAACAUGGAUGAAAAUAUAAAUAUCUGCAAUAGUUGUCUAUUACGUUAAAGCAUUAUCGCCUAGCUGAAUAGCUCAGUAGGUUAGCACGUUGACUGCUGAACUGUAGAUCGCGAGUUCAAGUCUAGCAGGAGUUUUAUUUUUUUUUCAGAUUGUUUACUACUAAAACUGCAUUUUUGACUAAAUAAAGUAAUUUUGAAAAUUUGAAA